AGCGCAUCCCUCUGCAGAACAUAAGUGGAAGAUACAUUUCCUGUCUGGUGGUCACGCGCUCCUUUUCCCAACCACUGCGAGCCGUGCCAACCUCGCCAUGUCUGCACGGACCGAAUUCCACGGUGACCCGAUCGAGGAAAACACACUCUAUGUAGUCCUCUACGAGCGGAAGGCCGUCGGAGAAGCUUACCACUGGGCGCUUCUCCUCGCCGGUCCGGGAGAGUCUGGUCAGAUACACCAGGCAACUGACCGUAAUGGUCAGUGGGAGUACGAAAUCAAGGACCUUCCCCAGAUUCAGCCAACCGCGUCAAUGAUCUGCCUGGUCGGAAUCGGCAACAUUCAGCCUGACAAGCGGGCCAAAGCCGAGGAGGCUAUGAGAAGCGUCCAUGUGCCUCCCGAGGGCGGGACCUUGCGAACAGGAGAGCCGUUCAACUGCCGCACGUGGCUAAAGCUUGCCGUCGCUGCCCUCCAAAAGGCAGGCAUUCUCAACCUUCCGCUGCAUGUCGGUAAGUCGGGAACCCAAGCGAGUGGGAAAGGGCGUCCCUUUGCCUUGUCCGUUGGCUUUGCUUUCCUUCUUCUGGGACCAGAUUUAACCAGGUUGUGGCCUGCAGAAGACGUAGAGACAAGGCUCAGGAUCAGGGCGAGCAGAUUGCUUGCGGCCAAAGAGACAAACAGCAACGAGCUGCCCUCUGUGACAGCUCGCAUUCUGUGAGCAGCUCACCUCCUUCUGGGUUUUGGGGAUGAUGGCAGAGGAGAGAGAGAUGCC